AUGUCAGACACCGAACAAAAAGAGGCAAUAGCCGCGCGAGGUCGCGCCAAAGGCUCAAUCACACGUUUAAAAACCAGCUUUGACCGAGAAGCGCUCAUAAAUUCGCCGAUAGAGUUAGUGCAAGCAAAGAAAACUAGGCUUCUAGAAGCCUUUCGCGAAUAUGAGCGCCUCACUAGCAAGGUUGCCUCGCUUUUUUCCUCCCCACCAGCUACUCUCGCCACCGAUGACGAGGAGGUGGAAGAUAACUACAUUUUAGCACAGUUAGAUAGCAUCAUAAAUGUUAUCCGCCUACGGGACAAUCCUCCUCAAGUGAGCGCUACCAGCAGCAGCGAAAAUGGCGUAAGUGUCAAGUCGGAGAACCUCAAACUGCCUCGAGUCGUCAUAAAAACAUUCACAGUUGUCAAACAGCAUCUUGCUGCUCUGCAAAACCUGGGUGAGCCGGUAGAUAAGUGGGAUGCCAUAAUAAUUUGCAUCCUAUCUAAGAAGAUUGACCUGCCUACCUACAGAGCAUUUCAACUGGAGCGAAAUAACAAUAUGUCGCCCACGGUAAAAGAAUUCCUAGGUUACGUGGAAAAACGUGCCCUAGCAUUUGAAAACACUGACGUGCAGAAGGGGCCCUCGCAGAGCUUUGUCAGCCAUUCUGUAGCUGCACAAGCAAAGCCGUCCGCGCAUCAGCCUCAGCUGCAAUGUUUAUACUGUAAGUGUGCACACAGAUUAUAUAAUUGCCCGAGUUUUAAUUUAGCUUCCAUUCAUAAACGCAUGGAGUUUGCUUCAACAAACAACUUGUGUAAGAUUUGUUUGUCUCAACACAAGCGCAAAUGCAAAUUUCAUUUUCGGUGUAAGGUGUGCAAGCUACAGCACAAUAGCUUAUUGCAUCAAGACAAGCCUACUCCUUCUGUAACUUUGUCUGCAACUAGGAAUAGAGCCCAUAAUAUAAUAUUGCCUUCUGCUCGAGUCAAGCUGAUUACUAAGUCAGGGCUAGCAAUAUAUUGCAAGGCAUUGUUAGAUGGUUGCUCACAGGCAUCGUUCAUUACACAGAGGAUUGUGGACAAAUUGGGAUUACCGAUGCAAAAUACUAGUUCUAAAAUAACUGGUAUCAAUAAUGCCAAGCAUGCGAUUGACAAAUGUAUAAACCUUGAUGUGCAUUCUGCUGUUUAUCCAUUCAAAAUAAAUGUCAAUUGCAAGGUUGUUGAUAAAAUAACAACAAAGUUGCCACAGAUUCCUAUUAACAAGUCGCACAUAACAUUGCCUACUAACUGCAAAUUAGCCGAUGAGAAUUUUAAUAAGCGUGGUGAUGUGGAUUUGCUGCUAGAUGCUGGUGUCUUCUUUCAGAUUCUUCUGACGCAGACGAAGAAUAAUGGAGACCAAGCAACCAAACAGCCUAUCGUGACUGCGGGCAGUGCAAGUACUCAGGCACCGAGCUUUACAACCUCGAGUGCUGCAGCUUCAAGUACUUCAAUAGCAUGCGCCGCUACGCCACAAGGUCCUACACUAGUGCAGACAUCAUUUGGCGUGAUCAUCGGUGGUCGAAUGCAGCUACCUGCAAGAAAAAAAUCCAAACAGACUGAAUGCCGUUGCUACAACUCACCUGAUGUGUUUCAUGCCUGCACCACGGUUCACUGCUUCGUGCGAGUUCGGUAUUCGUAGUAUCAUAAUACGUAGUGACAAUUCACCUCCUCUCGAGUAGCCUAUGGCGAGGGUAAUUAACUUGUUCCGGGGAAGGACGGCAUAGUACGCGCAGUUGAGCAACCCUUGGCAAAGCGGUCAUAUUCACAAUAGGUCUAUUAAAAAUAUGUGUACUGCCUAUAGAUUACUUAACUUAGCCAGAUCUUUAGUUUAAUGUGUUUAAAAUGCCUAUUGUAAAGGUAGCGGCAACAUACUUGCCAUCAUAAUUAAAAGAAUUACGGUUCAAAUUAGAAUGACUACUAAGGAAUGUCAAAUGGUUAAUUCUUAAAUUCUGUAAACAAAGUCCUUUUGUUUAUAUAUGUUAACAUUUGUGUUGAUUACCAGAUCAUCAGUUGUUUUCUUUAAAAUGUAAGUUAUAUUAAUUGAAUUGUAAUGACUCAUGUUAAAUGUUGCUCAUAUUAACAUACGCACUUAAUUUUAUUUAAUUUCAU